UCAUUAUGGGGCGCAUGAAGACACAGUUAAGGUCACUGGAAAGGGAAAAGGCUGGAAAGAGGCUUUUUCGGAAGCAAACCCCCGCCCCCUGCCGUCUUUUCUGACUUUCAGUCUCAGCUACGCUUGGGAGAGCCGGCCGGCGCUAUUAAUGUGUGUGCUCCAAGAUGGAGGAGGUUUUGUGAUGUUCCCCAGCUCUCAGAAGUGAUCCUUUUUCCGUCCGUGUCAGAUCAUUCCUCAGACACAGGGGCGGAGGCCUUUUCUAAAUCCUUCUGCCUGUGGGGGAAAUAAAGAACAACUUUAGGAUUUGGAUAUUAGUUUUUUUGUGUGUUUUUCGCCACAGCCAUGAGCUCGGGGGAAGGGGCCGAGGAGGCGGCUAAGGACGCGGCCGAUAUAGCGACGUUCUUCAAAUCUGAUUGUUCGUUUUCAAAAUGUGAGCCCAAAGCCGAUGUCUCCAAUCAAAUAACAGGAUUUCGUAGGAAUGAAGAGAUGAAGGCAAUGGAAGUUUUGCCCAUUCUAAAGGAAAAAGUGGCCUUCUUGUCAGGGGGCAGGGACAAGCGCGGCGGUCCAGUUUUAACAUUCCCAUCACGAACCAACCAUGACCGAAUACGACACGAGGAUCUCCGCAGACUCAUCGCCUACCUCGCCGGCAUCCCUAGCGAGGACGUGUGCAAACAUGGCUGA